CAGAUUCGCAGAGCGGCGGAGAGAAAAAGAGAGAGAUGGGAAGGUCACGAAGAAAGUACAAGCAGUCGCGGACGAAGGUGCGCGUGGGGCUGCCGAAGAAGAAGCCCAACGUCUUCAAGCCCGCCUUUUGCCUCCCUCCAAAGCUUCGCGCCUUGCUGGAGCAGCAAGGCCCGGCCUCCGCCCCCCAUUGGGACGCCGAGGGCUCCGUCAUCCAAAACUACAAGUCCUUCGGCUUCGUCUCCAACCCUAACUUGCUCAGCCUCAGAGCUCGCAACUCUCACGUGGUCGAGAGCGAUUCUCUCCAGGUCCCCCCACCUCCCUCCGAUGACCCCGACGCCGCCGCCGAGCUCGAUUUUGGUGACGGUAGCGACCUCGAAGAGGACGAUUUGAAAACUAGUCUAGGGAAGAAACGGAGAGAUGGAAAAUCUGCACCACUGCAACCCUUAACGGCCAUGCAGCGUCUACAUAUUGGUCGGCUCAUUGAGAAGUAUGGCGAGGACUAUCAGAGAAUGUUCAUGGACACAAAACUAAAUGCAAUGCAGCAUUCCGUUGCAACGUUGGAGAAAUUAUGCAAACGAUAUCGUGUGCAUAAAGAUCGAAAUCCCUUGAUAUUGACCCGUUGAGGAAUAUGCUCGAUCUUACACGGCGGGCGACCUCAUCAGCAUCCUUCUAGCACUCAUGUCAUCUCUUUUCCUUUUCAAUAUGUAUGUUAUUGAUGACUUAUAAUAGAAACCUUGGCUGAUGAAUGAUUAAUUAUGCAAAAUGAAACGAAGUUUCCAUUUCCGACGUUAA